AUGCGUCUCUUUCACGCUUUGGUGGUAUAUCUUGCCAUCGGAGCGGACUCAGCGCAUGCCAUCCUCCGCCGCUCCCAUGAGACUCACGACUACUUUGCCCUCCAGCUUCUUCCCCAAGCAUCCCCGGAAGAGGUUGCCCUAAGCCUGGGUAUCAAACAUGAAGGCCCAAUUGGUGAGCUCCCAGACCAUCAUGCUUUCUCCAUGGCCAAAGACGGGAACAGCGCCGAUAUACUGCGGCUGCUGCGAGAGGCGCACAAUGCUUCUGAAGUACCCUUUUGGGCAUCGAAAUUAGCCCCGGCGGACGCUCUUCAUAGAAGGAUCCCUCCACCGCAAGAGCCACGUGCAUCAGAGAAAGCACUUCUCGAACAACCAGAUGAGGCUGCAGUACAGGCCCAGGACGAGGCUAUUUCACUCCUGGGCAUCCACGACCCUUUCUUCCGCGAGCAAUGGCAUCUACUAAACACAGUCCAGCCUGGGAGCGAUCUCAACGUCACAGGAGUCUGGCUAGACGGUGUUUCCGGGGAGGGGGUCACUGUGGCUGUUAUCGAUGACGGAUUAGACCUCGACAGUCGAGACUUGCAGCCAAACUACUACGCAAAGGGGUCGUACGACUUCAACGACCACAGCCCCGAACCCCGGCCACGGCUGGUAGACGAUCACCACGGAACCCUUUGCGCGGCGGAGAUUGCGGCGGUGAAGAACAAUAUUUGCGGUGUUGGUGUUGCAUAUAACAGCCAGAUAUCUGGAAUCCGCAUGCUGUCUGGCCAUGUAGACGAUAUCGACCAGGCGGCGGCAAUCAACUACGACUAUCAAAACAACCACAUCUACUCCUGUUCGUGGGGUCCCGAGGAUAACGGGAUCACAAUGAAAGCCCCUGGCAUCCUGGUCCAGCGUGCCAUUGUAAACGGGGUGCAGAACGGCCGCGGUGGCAAGGGGUCCGUCUUUGUUUUCUCCGCUGGCAACGGGGCCAGUAAUGACGAUAACUGCAACUUUGACGGUUACACGAACAGUAUAUACAGUGUUACUGUUGGUGCAAUUGACCGAAUGGACACCCAUCCCCGGUAUGCAGAGUCUUGCUCGGCGCAGUUGGUGGUGGCCUACAGUAGUGGCCAUGGGCACGGGCUCUACUCGACCGACAACGGGGAUCGAUGUUUCUCUCUUCAUAGUGGUACUUCAGCGGCGGCUCCUCUGGGGGCGGGGGUGAUUGCAUUGGCUCUGAGCGUGCGUCCGGAGCUGACCUGGCGCGAUGUUCAGUAUCUCCUGGUCGAAACUGCCGUCCCAGUACAUACCUCUGAUGGCAGCUGGCAAGAUACAGCGGGUGGACGGCUGUUCAGUCACGACUGGGGAUAUGGCAAGGUAGAUGCAUAUGCUCUUGUUCAAAAGGCUCGCAGCUGGGAACUAGUCAAACCGCAAGCAUGGCUUCAUUCAGCAUGGCAAGAGGUAGACCGUAAUAUCGUUGAGGGCCAUCAAGGACAGUCCAGUUACUAUGAAGUGUCUUCGGAGAUGCUGCGAGCGGCAAAUCUGGUGCAAUUAGAGCAAGUCACUGUCACUAUCAAUGUCAAUCACACCCGGCGUGGUGAUCUCAGCGUGGAACUCGUCAGCCCAAGUGGCGUGGUCAGUUAUCUGAGCACGCCCCGAAUGCCGGACCAGCAUAGAACAGGCUAUACAGACUGGGAGUUCAUGUCUGUUGCACACUGGGGCGAGUCGGGCAUCGGAACAUGGCGAGUGAUUGUCAAGGACACCAAUGUAAAUGGCCACACGGGUACAUUCAUCAACUGGCGACUGAACCUCUGGGGAGAGGCCGUAGAUGGCUCCAAUCAGCCACUUCACCCAUUCCCUGGCGAUCCCAAAGAGUACGGAACAGAGGUUGCUGUCAUCAGCGCUGCAAGUCCAACAGUUGCCGUGGUUCAUCCACCUAGUAAUUGGAGCCCAACUAGGCCCUUGAGACCGCCAUGUAUAUGGGUUUGGGGCGCGUUACUUGCGCUGCUAGCUCUCUGCAGUGCUUUUGUAUGCUUAGCGUUCAAUUGCGUACUCGCACAGUGA